UUUUAUGUUUUAGUAACAGUGUACAAUAAACUUAUCUCAUUCAUGACCUGCUAUUUCUUUUAAAAAUGUCUGCUGGAGUCGUGGUUAUGGAAGUGCCAACGAGCUUAAAACGUCUUGCACGAUUGGUUGUAAGAGGUUUCUAUACUAUAGAAGAUGCACUCAUAAUUGACAUACUGGUUAGGAAUCCUUGUAUGAAAGAAGAUGACAUGUGUGAAUUAUUAAAAUUUGAAAGGAAAAUGCUUAGACAACGCAUAUCUAUACUGAGAAGUGAAAAAUUUUUACAAACUAGGUUGAGAAUGGAAACUGGUGCUGAUAGUAAAGCACAGAAGGUCAACUAUUAUUUUAUAAAUUAUAAGUCUUUUGUGAACAUGGUCAAGUAUAAACUUGAUUGUAUGCGAAAGAAAAUGGAGACACAGGAACGUAAUGCUACAAGUCGAGCCAGUUUUAAAUGUGUUCAAUGUUUUAAAACUUUUACCGAUUUAGAAGCUGAUAUGUUAUUUGAUUUCCAAACCAACGAAUUCCAUUGUACUUUUUGUGGGGAGUUGGUUGAAGAAGACAGUUCAGUUCUACCACAGCAAGAUUCUCGUGUAAUGUUGGCUAAUUUCAAUGAAGUUGUAGAACCUUUUUAUACAAUACUUCGUGAACUAGAUGGUAUCCGCCUUGCACCAGAACUUCUCGAACCAGAACCUACCCGUAUUCUAGGACUGGAGUCAGCAACACCACAGUCUUCUGGCGCUAAACAAAUGAAUGGUAUGGAACGAUGGGGACCUGACAAAAUGCGAAAUCUGGACUCAAAUAGUUCUAAAAUGGAAGUUACUAUUGGCGAAGACCUCAAAGACAAUCGUCCAGUUGUCAAAGAACGACCUAUAUGGUUAACAGAAAGUACAGUUGUGGAAAAUACUUCUACUCGAGAUUCAAUUGAAAUGGAGACUAAAGCUCCACUUGAAUUCACUCCUGAUGUAGAUAUAAUGACUGUCUUAUUGCAACAUGAAAAACGUGCGUAUCAAACUGAUAAGGCCGGUAAGAAAAGUGGGCAGGACGCAGAUUCAAGUGAUGAACCUUCUAUUGGUUUAGGUGUUGAAGAGCUAACAUCCGAAGAGGAAAAAGAUGAUGAAGAUGUGCCUUUGGUAAGUGUGGCUGGUCGUCGUGUACCAAUAACAGAAGUCGUGAAUAUGACAGAUGCCAUUAGUCAAAUGACACCAUCCGAAAAAGAACACUAUAUACAAGUUUAUCAAGACUAUUUCUCUGCGUUGGAUGAUUAAAUGUUCAAUAAUGACAAUAAAUAAAUCUAUUUAUACGCUUCAUACAAUUUUUGCUACUCUUCUAUAGUAAAUAUUUAAGAAUAUAAACAAUUUGUUAGGUGAAUUAUUGGGUGUAAAAACUUUUACAUUACAUGGAUAGUAAAGGUAAUAGUUAUAUUAUAUAUUUUCCAUUCAAUAAAGUAGUUAAUAUUUUCUAUAUUCCACAUACAUAGAUUACAUAAAAACUUAGAACAAAACAUACAUUUAUAUUUUACCAUCAUUAUUAUAAUAUUU